CCGCGAUGGCCGCGUAGCUGACACUUCCAGUGACAAGAGCGAUAACCCACCCGGGGGCUGGCGCGCCGCAGGGCUGGGCCCGCACCCGGGGCCGCCUCGCGGCUCCUUCGCUGAACGUCGGGCCCCCGCGCGGGCCCGUCCCGCCCCGGCCUCGACCCGCCGCGCGCUGCCCGCGGAGCCACGCCCCCGGGCGCCGCUCGCCCGCCCUCCCCACCUAGGUCGCCCCCCUAGGGGAGAGGCGCAGGCGCCUCACGCAGCCUCCCAGCCGCUUAAAAGCCCUCGUCGGUGCCUUCCUCUUUAGCAGCCUGCCCUCCGCAGGCUGGGCGGCUCGCGGGGCGGAGGUGGAGCGUCCCCGCGCCCUGCUCCCGCCCGGGCGGCGCGCACUGGCUGCAGCCGCGUCCCCUCCCCGAUGGCGCGCAGGGCCGAGCCCCCCGACGGGGGCUGGGGGUGGAUGGUGGUGCUGUCCGCCUUCUUCCAGUCGGCGCUGGUGUUCGGGGUGCUCCGUUCUUUCGGCGUCUUCUUCGUGGAGUUAGUGGCGGCGUUCCAAGAGCAGGCGGCGCGGGUCUCCUGGAUCGCCUCCAUAGGGAUCGCCGUGCAGCAGUUCGGGAGCCCCGUGGGCAGCGCCCUGAGCACGAAGUACGGGCCCAGGCCCGUGGUGAUGGCUGGGGGCAUCUUGGCUGCGUCGGGGGUGCUGCUCGCCUCCUUUGCUACCUCCGUGACCCACCUAUACCUGAGCAUUGGGCUGCUGUCAGGCUCUGGCUGGGCCUUGACCUUCACUCCGACCCUGGCUUGCCUGUCCCGUUACUUCUCUCGGAGGCGAUCCCUGGCCACGGGGCUGGCACUGACCGGCGUGGGUCUCUCCUCCUUUGCCUUUGCCCCACUUUUCCAGUGGCUGGUCAGCCGCUACGCCUGGCGGGGGGCGCUGUUGCUGGUGUCUGCCCUCUCCCUCCACCUGGUGGCCUGCGGAGCACUCCUCCGCCCGCUCUCCCUGACGGAGGACCCUGCCGUGGGCGGCCCUGGGGCCCAACUCUCUUCCCUCCUCCGCCAUGGCCCCUUCCUUCGUUACACUGUGGCCCUCACCCUGAUCAACACUGGCUAUUUCAUCCCCUACGUGCACUUGAUGGCCCAUCUCCAGGACCUGGACUGGGAACCUCUGUCUGCUGCCUUCCUCCUCUCGGUGGUGGCUGUGUCUGACCUCGUGGGACGUGUGGCUUCUGGGUGGCUAGGGGACACCGCCCCAGGGCCUGUGGCUCGACUCCUAAUGCUUUGGACCACCCUGACCGGGGUGUCACUGGCCCUGUUCCCCGUGGCUCGGACUCCCACGGCCCUGAUGGUUCUGGCCGUGGCCUAUGGCUUCACAUCAGGGGCCCUGACCCCCGUGGCCUUCUCCGUGUUGCCUGAACUGGUGGGCACUGGAAGGAUAUACUGCGGCCUGGGACUGGUACAGAUGGUAGAGAGCAUCGGGGGGCUGCUGGGGGCCCCCCUGUCGGGCUACCUCCGAGAUAUGACAGGCAACUACACAGCUUCUUUUGUGGUGGCGGGGGCCUUCCUUCUCGUGGGGAGUGGGAUUCUCAUCACGCUGCCUCACGUCUUCUGCUUCUCGGCCUCUGCCUCCAAGCCCCAGGACCCCAAGAUGGAUGCAGUGGAUACCAAGGUCUCUCUCACCAAGGAAGGGCUGCAGGAGGACUGAACUCUGCAAAGGGACUGUCAGACCCAGAAAGCCAGAGGGCGCAAGCUCUCAGGGCCUUCUGUCCCAUCCUGGUGCCCACAGAACCGCAGUGCCCAAGAACAAGGCCUCUUGGCCCGCCUCCCCCCCGGGGCAGUGUGUUGCCUGUGCCAACCUUUCUUGUCUCGUUGAGGACUCGUGGCUCUUCUUUGCUCCCACGACCUUUCCUGGAGGAUCCCGGAGCUCAGCCUGCUCCCCUGCACUGUGAAUCGGCCGUGAACACCCAAAGCCAAGAUCUUCGCGUGCCUUACAUGUGAUUUCUACUUUGCUGCCCUUCCAGCUUUCUUCUCUGAAGACCGAUGUUUGGGAGAGAGGGAAGCCCUUCUGAGAUAAACCUAAAGAAGGAAACUGGAUAAUAAUGAGAACCUCACAAAGA